AUGGAUGACGAUGGACGCGUUUUCUCGAAGGAGAGAACGCCUGUCGUCGCGACGAACGUGGAUUCGGAAAACUGUGAAAUUUCCAAAUGUCACUCGGAAAAAUGUACUCGAAACGAAGAAAAUACACAGAUUGAGAACGUAGCCGCAAUUUGCAUUGAAUCGUCUGAUGAGGACGACGCAUCCGAGCGAACGUCCAGCGACGUCGAGCGAAGAGAAUCAAUGGAGAACCAACUUCCGACAAAUCUAGAAUUAUCCAUCGACUGUGAAAAGAAAUUCCCAUCUGCUCUUCUCGAGCGUGCCCAGAGGCUCUCGUCAGAGAUGACGAGUCUUCGGGAAAAACUUAACAAAGAGAUGGCUCUCUGGAGAAAAGAAAAAGAGGAAUUUCAGAAUUUACGCGAGCGAAGCGAUGCUCUCGCAUUUGAAGAAGCAACCGCAGCUGCACGAGCUGCAGCCGCAGCUUAUGCUAUGGAAUCGCCACUCUCCAGAGAUUUAAGCAACAUUGUAGACCUCACGUCGGAGCAGAGUGUCCGAGCAGAUCUUGCGAUACUGGAAUACGAGAAAAAUCUCGCCAAAUAUCAAAACUCGUACUCCUUCGAGCAAGCCGAGCAACGUUACAAUUCGUACAAACGUGCCCUCUUUGACGCGUAUAAACAGCGACUGUUAGAAGUCGAGCGUCUUUGCGACGAGGAAUUGGAGAACAUACAACAGAAUGCAAAUUGCUUGCAGCCCUUUAAAGAGAUCGCGUCGCAAUGGACCGUGGACAAGAAUGAUCGGGGCGAUUCGCAGCGCGUUUGUAACGAUCAAUCUAAAGAUUUGGGACAAUCCAAAAUCGUCGACACGAUCAAUUUCGGCAACGAUUGGCGAGUAUACGGGAAAAUCGACAAUGAAGUCAAUAUGAUGCCAGAAAUUUUGUGCUCUCGAUUCCAUCGAGAAGAAGCGACAUAAUGUUUUUGAUUAAACGCACAUUCGA